CAAACAGAGUUCGAAUUUAAUAUUUUAUCAAAGUUUUGUCGAAUCGUGUUUGGUUGUUCCCGGCGUUAUAUCGAGUAUAUGAUCGUCUUUUGUUACUCAGUCUUUAUUAUUUAAUAUUUUCCCAAUUCUCUAAAUCAUGCAAAAUUUGUGCAAAGUUGAAUUACUGUACGGCAAACUGUUGUGCAAGACUAAGGCCAUAAACCAACAACCAGUUAGAUAUACUAGAAAACCUAGAUGGUUGCCGAAAGCGCCGUCUAAAAUGUUCCGCGUACCCAUUAGACCACAGAUUUCCACCGAUGAGAAGAAUGAACUGUUUCAACUGUUCACCAAUUACAGGACUACCAUGAAAUCAAUACAGAAACAACUGGAAUAUGAACUGGAGACAUCGUAUACAGGUCAAGAGGUGUUGCAAGAAAUCGUUAAUAAGGAGGAGCUCUUAUGGGCAAAAUGUAUGGAUAUCAACGAUAAUUGGAAUGCUGAAGUGGCCUUAGAGAGAGAACAGAGGUUGGCAAAUGAACGUGAGACCCGACGAGAAGAAAUUUUAGCACAACUUAUAGAAAAAGAAGAAGAAAAAAAGAAAAAACUGGAAGCGAUUGAAGAAAUUAUCAGAUUGGAAAAGGAAAAAUCAAAAACUUAUAUUACAAUUGACAACAUAGAUGAAGCUAUUGAAAAAGCAUUAGAUAAUGUAGUUGAUCACAAAUAUGCUUUAGAUUUAGCUGGUAAUAUUAUCAAAGGUAAUAGUCCACACGAACCAGCUACAGGAACAAGCACUCAAAAACUGCAAGUCCAGACAAUUAACUAAUAUUUGUGUUCUGUUAAUUUUUUAAUUCACAUAAACAUGUACAAAUACAGUAUAUAUUUUUUUCUAAUUAGAAUAUAUCAUUUAGUUGUCUAGUUGUUA